AUGGCAAAGCAGCGAUCGGGGCGGAUGGACUCGGCGCUGGAUAUCAGACCUGAGACCAUGUUUCUGAGCGGACAUGGUACGUUCGCUGCCUACAGGCAUCGCAUCGGAAAAGCUGCCUCUCCUCACUGCGGAGCUUGUGGCGAUGUAGAGGAUGCCGGGCACGUACUAUUGGAAUGCGACCGACAUGCGGCACUGAGAACUGAGACGGAAGCCAUCACAGGACCUCUGACUGAGGGAAGCCUCAUCACGGUUAUGCUGCGUGAUGAGCACUGCUGGAAAGCUGUUGACCAGCUGUGUCUCGACAUUCUUAUUGAAGUCGACGAGGUAGUGGCCGCAAGACGUAAUAGAACUAUGUAA